CGCAAAGUGGUUGCACGAUGUUUCCGUUGCCUAUUGUAUACUGUGGCUUUGGAUUUAUCGAAGGAGAGCGUCUUCCUAUAUUGGAAAGUUUUGAAUUGAAUGCUUACCCAUUUGGAAUACACGUACCCGAUCCACUUCAUCCCGAUAAUAACACACCCUACUCUAGAGGCUAUCCUCUCAGGGUCCAUGAAAUGGAAUACUGGAAGGAUAACUUUGACUGGUCACGACUACAGCACUUGAUCACAUGCGAUGCCAACUUUGCCCUGCAAAUCAUGCCGCAACUAACGUCUCUCAAGGUGUUCGACUGCGCUAAAGAAUAUGUACCUUCUGGAAAAAUGCUCAAAAUAUUCCGCCUAAUCCCAAGUUCACUGGAGAGCAUUAACGUCUCUAAGAUCACUGAUAUUGGCGUGGAAAACCUGCUAAGACAUGGAAACACUUUGAGAGAUCUCACAAUACACCAAGAGGAAAAUUACGAAGGAGAGUGGCGCGUGGUAACGAUAAAUGCUGAUACAUUGAUCCAAAUCCGUGACGGAUGUCCGCAUAUCGAAGAGUUAAGUCUAGAUGUAUCUCGGAUCGACGACUGGCCGUACGAAAUUUUAGACAUACUCGCGAGCUUCAGCUCUCUCCGUUCCUUAACCAUAUGGUUUGAGCUGGGGAUAACAGAUUGCGAUCAGCCUAUUCAACCAUACGUCAACUUCUCAGCCGCCGGAAAGUUAUUUAAAUACAUACACGAGCACGCCACUAGUCAAAACACUCGACUGCGCAAAGUAACAUUCAUGUCUGGCUCCCCACCAAAAUUCGGUAUUGGCUUACCAUCGAAAGCCACCUCCUGGGCAUCAUGUAACUCGUCUAUUUUUGUUUGCGAGCUCUCUGAUAGAGACGAUCAUGCUACAAAGGGCAUUUUCGAUGUGAAAUGUCCGGGGCUGACCCGGGAUGAAAAUGAAUACCUCCGGAGAUUCGAUUCUGGGGAGAAACACAUAGGCAUCUUACUAUAUCUUCAAGAAUCACUUUUGGUUGCGCGUGAUGGACCUACCCCUUUACUUGAGUGGGGCCGUGGGCUAUCAUGGUAUUAGUACAAGCUCUUAAAGGUCUAUUAAUUAUAAGAUACUUGAAAGGUACUAAAUUGAGAUGCUUCCGCAAUAUGUUACUCGUUCCUACCUAGGGUAGUGGGAACUCCUCGCGUUCUUUCUUUUGCUGGCGGAAGCAAGUACGCAAAAAGAUCCUUGCAUCGAACAAGACAACAUAGAAAGGAAAUCCAAAGGUUAGGAAUCAAGUAGGCAC